GAAUAAGGAAGUGCACACCGGUAUUCCCUCAACUGUGGUGUGGAGAGAGAGAGUUUAACGAGUAAUAUUCAACAGAUAUUUUCUUCGUUUUCUACCCGGCGUAUGUUAAGAUUCGCCCGAUUGCAAUGGAAACUAAACGUACAGACACGUUUUUGAUAACUGGUGGAUGUGGCUAUGUUGGUUAUCGCCUGGCAUGCUCCCUGCAUAAAAAAGGAGCCAACAUCAUUCUGUUUGACACAGUCCCUCCAAACCAAAAAGUGCCAGAGGAUAUGUUGUUUAUUCAAGGAGAUAUAUCUGAAUAUGCACAUGUUGAGAAGGCCGUUGCUGGUGUGGACUGUGUAUUCCACAUCGCCUCCUACGGCAUGUCUGGCAGGGAGCAGCUGAACCGGCAGUUGAUUGAGGCGGUGAAUGUUCAAGGCACACAGAACGUCCUGAAGGCUUGCCUUGAGCACAGAGUUUCCAGGGUGGUUUACACCAGCACCUUCAACGUGGUGUUCGGAGGCCAAGUGAUAGAGAAUGGAGAUGAAAGCCUACCUUAUCUACCUCUGCAUCUUCACCCCGACCACUACUCCAGAACCAAGUCGCUGGCUGAGAUGGCAGUGCUAAAAGCUAACGGUACAGCACUGAAGGACGGGUCUGGGGUGCUGAGAAGCUGUGCACUGCGUCCAGCAGGGAUCUACGGGCCUGGUGAGCAAAGGCACCUGCCCAGGAUAGUUGGCUACAUAGAGAAGGGGAUCUUCAGGUUUGUUUAUGGUGAACCCAGCAGCCUGGUGGAGUUUGUCCAUGUGGACAACCUGGUGUCAGCACACGAGCUCGCUGCAGAGGCUCUGACCUCAGAGAAGCAUCAUCGCUCUGCUGGCCAGCCCUACUUUAUCUCAGAUGGCAGGCCUGUCAACAAUUUUGAAUUCUUCAGACCCCUGGUAGAGGGCUUGGGCUAUCCUUUCCCCAACCUGCGUCUGCCUAUCAAUCUCAUCUACUUUGUUGCCUUUCUCACUGAAAUGAUUCACCACCUCAUCGGCCCCUUCUAUAACUUCCAGCCACUGCUGACACGUACAGAGGUGUACAAGACUGGCGUGACGCAUUACUUCAGCAUGGCAAAAGCUAAGGCGGAGCUUAAUUAUGAGCCCCAGGAGUACAACCUGGAUGAAGUUGUACAAUGGUUCAGAAGCAGAGGCCACGGGAAAAAAUUGCAGAGCUCCUUCCUCGGUCGAUUGCUGCGAGACAUCCUGUUUGUUUCUGCCUUUGUUGCUGUGGUUCUUUCUUUUCUCCCAUUUGUUGGAAGUUGAUGAUUAGCUAAAUGCCAAUCAAGACUGGUUCAUAACCAGGUUGUUUGCAUGUGUUAAUAUCACAAGGUCAAUGGACACAUUUGAUUAACAAAUCAGUCAGUAUUGCAAACAGUAACAAAAAAAAAGGGGGAAAUAAUCUUAUAAUCACUGUACCUUUAUGUCUUAAUAUUUACAUCCUAUGGCUUUUGUAACUGUUACAAAAUAAAUGUGAAAUUCUACCUAUUUUUUCACAACAAUAGAUUUUGAAAAAGCAUAUCUCAUACCUCAUACAUGUUUUAGUACUGUUUUGUGAAACUGUAAUAUAAUAAAACAAUGAACAUUUUGAAAACUAAUGAAUAAAUCCUUGAAUGGCAAAUGUGGCUUGUUUGAUUUUCAACUGUGAUUCAAGGUUUACAUUUUUGUUUUGUUUUAUUUUAUUUAUACAGAUAAAUAGUUUUCAUGUUUGAGGACCCUAGAUAAAGGUAAUAAUUAAGUUGCCAAGUUCAUAACAGCUA